UUGCUGCUAUGGUGCGUGGAUCCAAACGUUAGUGGUGAAAUUAACGUCCUGGUUUAGAGUGAAAGGAGAAGAGUUGAGGAAGUUGGCGCAAAACGAGGACUAACGCCUGGGAGAAUAUGAACAAAGCAGAUGCACCAUGCCGACCCACAGCCUCUCUGAAAUUUACAAUUGACAACAUCCUCAAUCUGAAAACAAACGGACGAAACUGUGAUAGUUGUCAACCCACCGGACUGCAGGAUGAACUGGCCGCGGCGAUGUGUAAAGAAAGUUUCCAGAGCCACAGCGAGAAGAAAAGAACACAAGAGAGGCCGGAUCCGGACAGCAGCCUUAAUGAAAGAGAGCUGAUCACAAACUGCAGCAGAGAAACAGAAUCUGUCAUCAGCUGCGGGAGCCAGACGAAGGCAACGGAGGCGCGCUUCGACAGCGGGGACAGCAGCUGCGACGACAGCAGCUCCACCAGCGCAGCCACGGACCUCCACAAAGGAGGGGGCGCAGUCAAAAAGAGCAAAAUAAUAACAAAAAAGAAGACACGCACUAUUUUUUCCAAGAGACAGAUUUUUCAGUUGGAGUCUACAUUUGACAUGAAACGCUAUCUGAGCAGCGCGGAGCGCGCUUGCCUCGCCAGUUCCCUGCAGCUCACAGAGACCCAGGUGAAAAUAUGGUUUCAAAACCGCAGGAAUAAAUUAAAACGACAAAUCUCCACCGAAAUCGACGGACCAGUUAGCGAUUUCCCUGAGACUGGAAAGCCUGUGGUGGUAGGGCAGCUCCCAGCACUGUACAAAGAGAGCAACUUGCUGGGAAGAUGCCUGCUGCCCAUGCCCCUGCCCCUCGUGUACCCGGGAAGUGGCACGCCUUACCUCUGCUUCUCCAACUCCAGCAAGUACUUCAGCCUGUAUGACGCGGACGUAUGACGGGUUUUGUGAUUCACCGCUUGAAAGAGACAAUUUGGGUGGUUUGUUGCAGGUUUCAAGCAUUUACGGUGUUUAAUAAUGAGGGCCGGUCCUGCGGCCUAAAACCUUUAUGAGGACUGCAAGUACAGUGGCAGAGAAGUAGUUUUAUAUCAUGUAAGAAUAAGUAUAUCGGCAUUAUUUAUUUUCAGUCAAAGUUGUAGGUUGUGCACAGGCCUAACACCGAAUCUAUAGUUAAUCACAGCCGCUUACAGCAAACAGCCGGCUAUGACA